AUGCGCAUAAAUGGGCCUUCAAUCUUACGGUUGAGUCGAUUGUUGUCUUCCUCGCGCCCAGCUGUACAUAUUCGUCUUACACCAAUUUACAAAUGUCAUACUCAUCGGACCAUAUGCCACCAUGCGCGUCGCACUAUAGUACAUCCACGCGUCUCUAUCAGCGCGACAGCUGAUAUCCGAAGAGGCGCCAAAACCCAGGCCACAGUCAAAUUGCAAGAUCUUCCACAGGGCGUUAUCAAAUUGGACACAUAUGAUGAUGGAGUUGAUGAUGCUCCCCGGUACCCUACUGUGGUUCAAGGACACCGCAACAAUAUGCAGCAAUUCAAAAACUGUGUGAUCCUGACCAGAGUAGGGGGCUUCUAUGAGCUUUACUUUGAGCAAGCCGAAGAAUUUGCGCCAUUGCUUAGUUUGAAGCUAGCAUCCAAGAAAACCAGCGCCGGGCCAGUUCCCAUGGCUGGUUUCCCCUUUUUCCAAUUAGACCGAUUUCUCAAAAUUCUCGUCCAGGACCUUAACAAAUAUGUCGCUAUCAGUGAAGAAUUUGCCCACGAGAUGGAAGACAAAGCUCGGUCUGGAGGCUUGUUGUUUGAUCGGAAAGUGGCCAGGAUCGUUACCCCAGGCACCUUGAUUGAUGAAAAGUUCAUCGAUCCUUCCGAAAACAAUUUCCUGUUGGCCAUAUAUCUAGAUAAUUCUGCUUUGGAAGCCCAAUCAAACCAACACGUUGACCCUGACUCCUCACAACAUGUAUUGUCCUCCGUCCCUCAACGUGUAGGGUUAUCGUGGUUGGACCUUUCAACGGGAGACUUCUUCACUCAGCUGACAACGACUCAAACGCUUCCAUCUGCCAUUGCCAGAAUCGGAGCUCGUGAAAUACUCGUUGAUCAGAAUGUUCAAGAUCUUAUCGGGCAAGAGUUGCAGCAGCUUGUUGGACAUGAGCAUCGACUUGUGACGUUCUUUCAAUUUCCGGAAACAUUUGCGCCAAUGUCAGAAUGGGGCCAUAUGCUAGAGUCUCCAGUCCCGGAGGAUAUGCAUGCAGCUUUUUCCCCUGAAGAAGUAGCCGCAGGGUACAGCCUACUCGAAUAUAUUCGAGUGCAGCUGCAGGGAUCGAAUCUCAAACUCCAACCUCCACGUCGGAGACAUCUGGAUGAGUCAAUGAGCAUUGAUCGCAAUAGCCUGAGAGGGCUUGAAAUGCUCGAAACCGCACGGGACGGUUUCGGGAAGGGCAGUUUGCUUCACGCAGUGCGCAGGACUUCUACCAAGAGUGGUGCCCGUCUUUUACGUGAUCGACUCACUUCUCCGUCUACGUCACUUCCGGUCAUCAACGAGCGACUCGAUCUUGUUUCGGUUUUUAUCGAAAGCGAAGAUCUUCGUGACAGCGUAAUUCAACUGCUGAAGCGCAGCUACGACUCCCAGCGGUUAGUCCAGAAAUUUGCCAUGGGCAAAGGAGACCCAGAUGAUUUGAUCUGCCUUUCACGGGCCGUUGAAGCAUCCAAAGGUGUAAAACAGGUUCUUUCCGACUAUGAACGGUUGGCUCCCGAAAGUGCCUCGGAUGCUAAAAACAGUCUAACAUCGAUGAUUUCACGCCUUUAUCUUGAGGGGCCUACUGCACUCGCAGAUAAAAUUCUCGCCGCCAUUGACGAAGAGGGCCUUCUUCAAAAGCAGCGUAUCGAGGAUAGCACUGCAGCUGAAGCAGCCAGUUUGGCACAAGAAGUUACCAUAAAUGAAGGUACUCCAAGUGAUCUUGAGUCAUUGCCCAAGAAAGUUAGAGCCAGAAAAAGCGACAAGACAACAGCUGAGCCUGAAGCCGGGUCGAUCGAGACAUGGAUAAUGAGGCGCGAUGCGAGUAAGGUCUUAAAUGCCCUGCAUACGGAGUUAGAGGGUUUGCAAGAUGCUAAAGUCGCAUUAAUUAAGCGACUCCGCGACUAUGUUGGGUCUUCAGCCCUGAAUUUGAAGUGGACUCCUGGUCUGGGCCAUAUCUGCCACGUUAAAGGAGCCAAAAUCUCACAAGCAUCUCUUGAAGAGUUAGGAGUCACUCGAACUGUGUCAUCCACCAAAUCCACCCGCUCGUUUUAUCUCCCUGCAUGGACGGAACUAGGAAAUAAAAUGGACCGCGUGACGGUACGGAUUCGCCAAGAAGAGCAGGCAAUCUUUGAGCGCCUACGCCGUGAAGUGAUUCUGAAUCUUGUCAAAAUUCGCCGCAAUGCAGCUGUCAUGGAUGAGUUGGAUGUUGCCUGUUCUUUUGCCAUUCUUGCUCAAGAACAGCAGAUGGUUCGACCCAUUCUCAAUGAAGGAACCACCCACAAGAUCGUUGGAGGAAGACAUCCAACAGUCAAACUCGGCCUCGAGGAGAAGGGAAGAUCCUUUGUGAGCAACGACUGCUUCCUUGGCGAAGAGGAAAGGGUCUGGCUUAUCACUGGCCCAAACAUGGCAGGUAAAAGUACCUUCCUGCGCCAGAAUGCUUUGAUCACAAUACUCGCGCAGGUGGGCUCAUACGUUCCUGCAGCAUACGCCGAGAUAGGAAUUGUGGACCAGAUUUUCAGUCGCAUUGGGGCAGCGGACGAUCUCUUCCGCGAUCAGUCGACAUUCAUGGUGGAAAUGCUCGAGGCUGCUUCCAUAUUGAAACAGGCUACCCCCCGAUCUUUUGUGAUUAUGGAUGAAGUGGGUCGAGGCACAACUCCUGAAGACGGGACAGCUGUGAGCUUUGCUUGUCUUCACCACUUACACUAUCACAAUCAGUCUCGUACGCUCUUUGCUACACAUUUCCACAGCUUAGCGGAUAUGACAAAAAAGUUUGAACACCUGGAGAGAUACUGCACAGAUGUCAAAGAGACAAAGUCUGGCUCCUUCUCCUUUGUCCACCGUCUUCGAAAAGGUGUAAACCGAGAGUCGCACGCAUUGAAAGUUGCUCAAUUGGCCGGUCUCCCUCGUGAGACGAUUGAGUUGGCGACAAGUGUGCGAGAGGAACUGAGGAACGGGGCUCUUCCAUCGCGGUCUGUUUGA